UGACGGUUGUGUGUGAGCACAAGCAAACAUCGCCUUCGAUGACCGACGUGGGGAAACUGAUGUUUGCCGUGUUCCUUGAACAAAUUGACUGAGAAUUUGGAAGCGCCCAUAUCAAACCAGCUACGCUACAGAAAGACCCUAACACUCUCUGUACGGAACGGAACCAGUCUUCUAAUUGAGAGACAGGCAAUUCGGGUCUCAAAUAUCGCUUCGACUUCUAUUUCGGCAUCACGAGGGAGUACGCAGUGAAAGAAUCAAUCAACCAUCUUAUCCAGACUGAUUGCAUCUUCUUCCAACAAUCUGAUCUAUCCAAACCUGAUGCAAAAAUGCCCAAUUCAUUUUGGGACCUUCCAAAUGACAUUCUGCUGUCAAUUUUCGAUCAGCUUGACACUCGAGACAAGGCGGCUCUUGUCGCCAUCAAUUCCAAAUAUCUAGGUCUGCUCGAAAGGCCACUCUACCGCUACAAUGUUCGCCAUGAGGACGCAAGUGCGAUGAUGUGGGCUGCGCGCCGAGGCCGGCUUGACACGCUUCAAAAGGUCUACGCCGCCGGAGCAGAGCUUAAUGACCGCACUUCUUCUUAUGAUCUGGACCUGAACCUGGCGAGGUUAUCCCCGUCGCUCAACAGAGGAGACGUCGAGUUUACCGCGCUGCACCUGGCCGCGCGUGCAGGUCAGGACCGUGUGGUUCACUGGCUGCUUGACAAUGGAGCGCGGAUUAAUGCCCCAGCUUUGGGACUCUGUCGCUGCGAUAUGCUGCUUGAGGAUUUUGAGGUCGACGCCACCGGCCACAGCCAUUCUGAAGAUGUCUGCUUUUCCAAGACGCCGGUGACACCUCUCCACCUCGCGAUAUGCUUCGGAAGAGACUCCACCGCAGAGAUACUGCUCCGUCGCGGCGCCUCGGCAUUUCCCCCAUUGCACCCCCGCGAGGAUGUACCCGCCGUAACCGCCUUUCACAUUGCUGCAUUCAAAGGUCGACUUGAUUUACUUCAGUACCUUGAGAAGACACAGCCGGACCUAGUAUAUGCGACUGACGGUUUUGGGCGCAACGCACUGCAAUAUGCCAGUCUCAACACUGGUGAUCAGCGGGUCGUUCAGUUCCUUGUCGAUCUCCAACUUGAUCCGCCGGACGAAGAGGACGAGUGUCUCUGGCCACUAGAGUGUGCUGUCUGGAACCACAACUUCGAAGCAGCGAAUGCGCUUAUCGAUGCUGGUGUGACAAUACACGCCGAUGGCACACGAUUCACUGCUUUACACAUGGCUUGCAUCGGUCGCACGCAUUCGCAUCUUUCCAGAGACAUGAAUGGUGAUAUAUGGGAGCAGUCCCGCCAAGAACUGCUUCAGAGGCUCGUUCAGCUUCCAGAUGUUGAUCUUGAAAUGGAACGGAGCGAAGACUAUUACCCGGAGCCGUACGAGGGCCGCACACCUUUAAGUUUGGCCUUGACCCAACCGAUUCGGAAUCUCGAGAUCCUUUUGGAAGCCGGUGCUAGACCAGAGUCAGACACGCUGCAGUACUUGCUUGAGCCCGUAGGACACGAUGACGAACUUGAUCAGAAAGUUGUGAUGCUGCUGAAGCAUGGACUGCCUCUCGAGGGUAUCUACGACGACAACGAGGAAUUUGUGACGGUGUUUCACAAGAUUGUUGAUGACCAUCUUUCAGCACUGUAUCCUAUGCUGUUAGAUUUAGUCCUAGACAACCUAGGGCUAGCCAACGCUUCCGAGGCAUUCCUUCGUCACAUGUCUGACCGAUUAUUCAUGAGGGCAGCGCGAUAUCCUUGCCAUUUUGACUAUGGAGCUCUGGCAAGAUGCGCCAAACUCAGCAGAAGAGGCUAUGGUCCUGUCACACUUCCUUCUUCGGAGCUCAGCCAGCUUCUGCGUCUAAUCAUCCGUAACGACAACGUGCGAGCCUUCAGCCAGUUGCUGGAAAUUGCGCCUCACAUUCUGGAGAACGAUAAGCUCCUCCGCAAUGUUUUGUCCGCAUCACCCGAAAGCGAUGGAAUAAGCGCGCCCGGUCAAAUACCGUUGAAGCUUCUCGGCAUGAGAAACUGGGAUCUUUCGCCGAAAAGGCCGCAUUUGGUCAUGGCUGUGAAGCGUGGCUUCACUGAAGUUGUCAAAGAAAUGCUCACGAGAGGUGCAAAUCCACAAGUGGCUGACCUGAACGGUGAUGUUCCCAUCGAAACCACCAUUUCUUGUCCUCCCCACGCAAGAAUGUCUGUGAUGGAGUGUCUGGUCGAAGCAGGAGCCGACAUAUUUUGGCGUGUCAGAGGAUUGGCUGGACACGACAAAGCCUCUUUUGCCAACUGCAUGGUAAUCAGCUACCGGGACGUAUACCUGAACAAUAUUGGAUUGAGAACCCCGAUCACAGUUCUCGAUAGGGCCCUCACUCAGUAUUGGGAUCUCACGGACGUUGUAAAACAUCUCAAGCUCCAAUCCGUCCCAACGGCGUACCUGUUCAGGUUUAUCUGGACAUGUGUUGCUCUUUGCAUCGUCUGGCCAGACCGCAGCCAGCCGAUUCUCAAACUCUUUGCAUACUGGGCGACGCUUGAUCAAGAGUCUCGGGGCACGUCCGAGACGCAAUUCCUUCACGUACUCUGCGGGCUCUGGGAGUGGGUUUCCAAGGACAACAUGCUGAACGUGCUACACAAAACAGCCGUGGAGAUCAUCUGGAUCGUGAGGUAUGGGCUCAAAAGGCCCAUGGUAAAGCGUGCACCGUCAUUCGACCAGUUGUGGGCGCAGAUUGCCGAUUGGAUGAUGGCCAAAAAGCGAAGUGGUGGUCGCAACCACCGCCUCGCACACCUCAUGAAGGAUUACUUCGUUAUCGAGACAGUCGAAGGACCUUCGGGUCCCAGAAAAGUGAUUGUAUCGCUUUCUUCGGGCCAAGUGGACAAAAACAAGAUGGCCGACUCUCAAAAGCGCAUUCGAGCGACUAGAGAUGCACCAGGUCCCGGUACGCUCAGAGACCUGAGGCCUCGAGGGGAAAAGGCAAAGGUUGAGACAACAAACACACCACCCCCGCAAGGCAAGUCCAGAGUGGAAUGCAUAUUUGUCGAUGAGACUCUGUGGCGCCACGAGAACAAACAUGCUCUUGUUCCAUUCUUGUCACGCUUUGAGACGCAAGCAAAACUGCAAAGAGAAAAGCAUGAAAAAUACAGCCAAAGAGGAUACCUGCUUAAGCAUUAAUAACUAUCAUGGUUGUUUCCAUGCUCGCGAUUCGCCGAGGGUUGUUCAUUCCCUCAUUUCCUAGAUGACUACAUUUAAAAGCUCGGACAAUGAAAAGUUCGGAUACCAGUUGGGUUUUUGGUUAUUCAACUAUGCUAGAUUUGUUUCCCCUCUUAAAAAGCCAUGGAUCACCGCAAGGGUAACUGAUCGAGCAGAGUGUGGGGGAAUAAUUUUAAUCUACCAUCCGUAUUAGACGAUCAACCCAUGGACAUAGUAGUCAAGUUGAACGUAUAUGCUUGAAUGGUGUGGCGAGGCCAACUCUUCGACGGAUGGAGUUUAUUACCCCCGGGAAGUUUCGAAUGGCGUCUCGUUGAAAAAUCAAAAUUUGUAGAAUCUACGACCAAUCGAGUAUUAACCCUGGUUUUGCUUGUUCAUGUUGUUGCACCCAGGAGGCUGUUACUCCGAGAUGAUUCCCAUACUCUAGGCAGUGAGCAAAGAACCACAAGCUAUCAGAUGGCCACAACGCCGUUGCAGUAACGCCAAGAUACCAAAAGCCUGAAAGGUGUCAAGCUUUAUGCAAUUUCUGAUUAUUGUUAGUGUCAGUACCAGUGUAGUGUUGUGACAAAGACUUGGUGGGCACGCACUGUCUAGACCCAAAAAGUCCGCGGCCAUGAGUAUCUCCAGGCAAAGUUCCGUCGGGAUCUCAAGGUCAGGAACGUCCUGAUCAUCCCUGUGCUUGUACCAGUAGUGGAAGUAAUCGACGACCUUGCUCAAGACUACGCCACUGGGCGGUUGUCAGCCUGCAGCCUAUCUUGAGUAGAUUGAUUGGGGGGAGUUGUAGUGACGAAAAGGGCUGUUGUGAUCAGAUCAAGUGUAGAAAAAAAAAAAAAAGCUCCAUGCAGUCCUGCAAGAAAACCUGCAAUGCCUCGUCAGGCAGCUCGUGAACAUUGUUCGACUUUCAUCAUCUGGAAACAGGGCGCGACGUUCAAGGCAGCCUCGUCAAGGCUAAACAAGAAUGAAAAAGCGGCAAAAGAAUUGCAUCGGAAAAAAAGGACAGCGAAACCUACUUGAUGUCCUCAAAAUGACAGCG